GUAAACAAGAAUCAAACAUUAAAAGUUUUGUUUUCAGUUGUCACAUGAUGUAGAGAACAUUUAAAAAUAGCAAUGAGUCUGUAAUUCAGUAAUUAAGACUUUCAAGCCCUGUGAGUUAUGGGACCUGACCUAGAACCAGCCAUGGCUACAAGAAUGAUUUGAAAAUGUGCCACAGUCAUCAGUUUUAUGGUCUAUACGUCUCGAGGAAAGUGUAGAGUAAACAGGAAAUGGUUUGAAUGCAGCCAAAUUUCUAGACUAACCUCCUUCAGCAGUGGAGGGGGACUUUAGACAAACCAUGUGUAAUCACACUUCACAUCAACUUCACACAUGUGGGAGUUGACUUAAACAAGUAUGACAAAUUAUGUCAAAUCUUAUGUCACCCUCAAACUGAAUUUAGGUCAGUGUGACCUGUGUCACGUUGUGUGUGUGACUGUGUCAUGCCUCUCCAUAUGAUCUUGUGUCAUUUAUGGUUUACAUGGAGCGGAGCUGCCUUUUCAUUUCCCGCAUGGGAACUUGUAGGCGACCCACACCAACAUGACACCAACAUGACCGUGACUGUUCAGGGAAGUUCCCCUUUUUACCUUCACAGUGCUCCAACACUUCCCAGUCCUGUUUUUCCUCAAUCUCAUAAUUUAACAGAAGAUGAAGAGUAUCACAAAGAUUAUUAUUACUCCUCUCAGGAGCAGAGCAGGAUCUUGCAGACAGGCUUUAAAAUCUGUCCUGCUUUAUCUCUGGGAUGUUUACUCUGCUCCUACACCUGCUGGCAGAGACGUCCUGACCCUGCUGUCCCUCUGUUUCACACUCGCCAUCAUCACCGGUGGCCUGCUUCAUCACUGGCUGUCCAAGACUCUGAGAUAUGACCACGAGGCGUCUGUUCAGACCACCUGCAUCUACAGCGUGGCUGUGUUCCUGGUCUCAUUCCUGUUUCACCCUCUGCGCUGUGUGCUGACCAUGAUCCUGCCCACCGUCUGCACCCAACAGGGACGCAAACUCCUCAUCUCAGCCUCUGUCAUGGUUUUAGUGGUGAACAUCAUCCCUAACAUCAUGGUGAACGUAGGGGCGGUAACACACGUCCUGAAAUGCACCGCUGAGGGAUUUACAAAGACUUUACUAAACUCAUCUGACCCCUUAAACAAGGUGAAGCAAGACCUCGUAGAGGAAGCCAUCAAAGUGAAGAGGGAAGACUUGAGCAUUGUCACUAAUUUAAGGAAGUUAGAUCAUUUCACACAUGUUGAUGUGUCAGGAGUUAAAAGCAGGUUUAGUAAAAUGAUUGGACAGAUAGAGGUCAACUUCUCAGGUGCCAGGAACUUCUUAAAAGCGUGCAAACUGCUGUCGAACCGGAUUCUCGCUGCCAUUUUUGUUGCUUUACUGAUCUUUGAAUCUGCACGCUACCUGAAAUCUUAUCUGACAUCAGUUCAGUUUGAUAAUGGCUACAUCUCCCAAGAGCUCCAGAAAAAACUCAAAGCAGCUCCUGCUGGUAACAAAAGACCAGCUAAAAAUAAAAUCAGUCACAUGAGCUGUAAAAUAACAACUCAGGAGUGUGCAUCCUGCUUCAUGGCACUGGUUUUGGUAACACUAUAUUUCAUUGCUAUUGCCUCUAUUGUAGCUUUGGAUCAUGUUGUAUAUAAUAUAGUUCAAGUAACUCUGCCCUGGUUACUGGACUUUCCACCUACAUCUGCCAGCAUAAGUGUCAAUUAUAAGGUUAAGUGGUUCCCCCCUGCAUUCUGCAUUAUCCCACAAUCCUGCAUCACACGGGAGCUGACAAACUUCCACAGGGAUUACAAGUGGACCUUCAGCCCUGAGCCGUUACUCUGUGAUGUGACAACUUCAGCUCCGAACAUGGGAGUUGCGCUCCUGCUGGGAUGUCUCUGGCUGAUGAGUUACUCUCUGGUGUUCCUCGAGGUUUACGCCAGGCGGCUGCGCAGGAAAAUCUCUGCUUCCUUUUUCAGAGAGCAGGAGGAGAGGAGGGUGGCUUACUUGAUGCAGAAAAUACAAGCAAAGCAGAAUAAAAAAGAGCAAAAAGAGACUAUUUCUGUUGAGGUUGCCUGUGGGUGAAGUUGUCAAUGCACAGUGCAGAGCUUGUCUAAUUUUCCUGAUAAUGUUUAGGCCUUGUGAGAUGUAUGUCAGGCAUGUCCUGGUCCCCAGAGGAUGAAGCCUACAGACUGAAUCCCUUGACUUUUCCACAAUGAGGUUAACAUUUAGGUUUUUAGUAAAAUGUCUUGGCAACUAUUGAAUGGAUUGCGGUGAAUCCUUAGUACUUUGGUGGGUCAAAGUUUUUAUUUGUCCAGUGAAACCUCAACAUCGACUUGAUUUGGCACAAAAUAAAUACAGAGAUUCAUGGUUCCCACACAGUGUAUUUAAUCCCCUGACUUUUCCUCGAGUGCUCAGAUUAACGUCUGUUAUUUUAACAACAAAUAAUGGAUGGAUUGACAUUAAAUUUGGUACAAAUAUUCACGUGAGCCACAGUAUGACUCGUAACAACUAAACUUUUAAUCCAGCUCCAUCAUCAGGCCAAAAUGUAAUUAUUCAGUGCUUUAGUUGCUAAUAUCUGCAAAACUAAUGACUUUGUGUUUAGUGCUAAUUAGUAAUCUUAGCAUGCAAACACAUUAAACUAAGACAUCAAGAUUCUGAGCUUGUUAGCAUAAUGACAUUAGCAUUUAGCCCAAAGCACCACUGUGUCUAAACUCUUCCUCACAGAACCGGCACAACAUGGCUGCAGACUUUUAGCCUCGAUGCCCCCAGGACAGUUCUUUAAAGUUUGUAUCACCAUGUGCUCUUAUGCUGAGUUUCUGUUUUUGAUUUCAAAAACAUAAGCUGAUGGGGGGGCUUCCUGCGUAUGAGUCACUGUCACAACACCUUUUCCUCUGCAAGCGCAUCACCACUUGAGAGCCCCCUCUUAGGUGCUCACGCUAAACCCAGAUGUGGUUUUUGUAGACGUAUUUCAUCAUUUGCUCAAUUUGCAUCCACCCUGGUUGUUCGACAGCAACAUGCCGGUAACAGUAUUUUUUUUUUCCACAGAAAGAUGAGAAGUACAUUAUAGUUUUCUUUGCUGUGUGUGCAGUGUUGUUUUUUUCUUGUGUGGUUCAAUAUGUGUGUUUUUUUACCCCUCAGUCCCACUAGAUGCCACUAUGGUGCUUUGGACAAAUGAGAACAGAGAAUAACACAGUAACUCCUGACUGAAAAUUAACACCAAUAGAUUAGCUCUUACUUUUUUUUUCAAUAUUGUAUUGGCCUACAUAACCUUCAUAGAUUAAAUGAAUCUGUUUCAUGCACACAUCCAAUAAUUCACUCACCCAUUUUUGUGUGGUCUUACAAAAAAGAAGAAGAAGAAAAAAAGAAAAAUCACUUUCUUUCUCUGAAGAAGUCCUUUGCAUAUCAGUGCACUCCUGCUUUAAAUUCCCAUGAGCCUUCAGGGAGUUUAUUUUAAGACCUCAUCCCAGAAUAAUAAUAGAAUUCCUCUCAUCAUCUAUUUUUACUCCUGACUUCUUGGCUACUUCAUGAUUGUCUCAAAAAUCCAGCAGCCCAUGUAAAGAUGAUGCACUGUUGUUGGUCCAGAAAUGAUAAAUAAUUCAUAUAUUUUCUGUUUCUAUGAAUUCUCACAUCAGUGUGUUGCUUACUAUGAGUGUGAAAGCUCUGGGCUCAUGCUCAGUGCACUGACCUGAGAAGAUGGAUUAUUGUUAAAAUGUAAAAAUGUCCAAUUUUCCCCUCUUACUGUUUCUCCUUCAGUAGCUUUAAGACUAGAAAAAUCUACUUGUCUGACAGGCUAAUACUGAUAAAUAUUCAGCUUGUUCCAGCGAUGUAAAAUAGAUCAGCACCAUUCCAACAAAUAUAAAUAUCAAUGUCACUUUACACACAUUUCCCCAGUGGUCAACUUUGCAGGUUUGGUACCUUUAGAAACUUUGUGAACUCAAUUAAAACUUAAAAUCAAUAUCUGUGGGUUUGAACAAAUUUUUUAAGCACAGCAUGAGUGUCCAUUGACCGACACACCAGCAGGCUGUUAGGAAAGAAAACAAGAUGAAGCUUAAAUAAAGAUGUAAAUGAAGAAGGAGUAGUUGUGCCACAACAUUAAAACCACAGACAGAUGAAGUGAAUAACACUUCUCAUUCUGCUGGGAAACCUUGGGUUUUGACAUUCACCACCCACUUAAACAUUGUUGUAGACCAAGCACUCCCCUGUGGCAGGGGCCUCCCCCAGCAGGGCGGUGCACCCACCACACUGCAGAAAUGUGCUCUGAAAUGACUUGAGGAAAAGGUGUUGACCUG